AUGGAGGCUGAAGGUCUACUGUUCUCAGCGGAUUUUGAUUCGGGUAACCUUGGUGGUGUCGAAUGCGUUGCUGAGUCAAUUGAAUUCACUGGAAUUUCAUCUUUUAAAAUUGCCACCAAAGGAUGGGCUGAUCGGAUAGUUGUAGUUAACGGAGCUGAGCGAAAGCCCUUGUUCUGGGCCAGAAUAGCUGAAGAACCUGUGUGUGAAAACGUUGAUGGGCAAUAUGCGGUGACUUUUGCGCAUCGUUUUACUGAGCAGCCGGACACCGUUACCUACUUCGCUUUCAGCUUUCCAUGGACUUACACGGAUUGUCAGACGCAGCUUAAGUGCAUCGAAGAGGCGAUUCAUCGCCCCAUGUCUUCGGGCCAAAAUUUGGAAACCACUGGCAGCCGAAGUCAAUCAAAGUCGGCUUUAUACUUUCACCGUGAGCUUCUGUGCUACAGCCUCUGUGGACGAAGAAUUGACCUAAUAACUAUUUCUGACUGUGAAAAUCAACUCGCUGACCGAGAAGAACGCUUCGAUCCCCUUCUGUUUCCUGACCAAUCUGCCCCGAGGCCACAUAAAUUUACAAAGAAGAAAGUUUUUAUUAUAACCGCUCGAGUGCAUCCAGGUGAGACUCCGGGAAGUCAAAUGUUCAACGGAGUACUCGAAUUCCUUCUACGCGAGCAUGACAAGCGGGCGAUGGAACUUCGUCGCAUGUACGUCUUCAAACUAAUUCCUAUGCUCAAUCCCGAUGGAGUUGCAAUGGGCCACCACAGAACGGAUUCCCGUGGAGUCAACUUAAACCGGUUUUACCUCCAACCGAAUUUUAUACUCUAUCCCGCAGUGUAUGCGGUCAAGGCCCUAGCCACAUACCACCAUUUGACCUACGGAAAGGCAUGGUGUUACCCUGGCUGGAUUCCAGAGGAAAGGUUUAGGAAGUUUGCCGACCUCGCUUCCAAAUGUCGUUUGGUCCUUGAUUCUCCCGAACUAGCCCCACACACCGGCAAAAGGGUGCGGUCACCAACUACCAAGUUGAAGCAGGAGCCUAAUGAAGAACCGCAGGCAGCUUCAACGGAUGAAAAGGUCUCAGGUGUGAAACUAGCCGACGUGGCAUCGCAGACAGCUUCUACAGAAGAAGAAAUCUUGGCUGUGAGACCGACCGACGAGGCAUCGGAGUCCACUCAGGCAAGAAAUGCAAAGAUCGGGGAGGCAAGGCAUCUGAACCGAAAUUACAAAGGACAAGAAGAAAAUGCAGAAGGCGAUGAAAAAGAAGAACACGACGGUCUACGCAAUUCCGUGUCACUGUCUACGAUGCAGACUGAUCAAAACGUGCAUAAUUCCGUUUCUUCGGUUCCACGACGUUCCGAGUCGAGGAAUACAAAGCUACUUGAUGAGUCAGACGAUGAAAACGAGGCAGAUAGUCAGACACGGAAACUUGACCGGGUCUUCAUCAGCACUGUGGCCAAGCACCUGAAGUCCGACGACGAGGACGCCGGAACAGUGAAUGCCUUCCUUGCCUACUGCACGGGGGACCAUUUGACCGACCCGUGCCUCCUCGACAUUACCCCUGAAGAGAGUGGUGUCAAGUGCUACAUCGACCUCCAUGGACAUUGCUCGAAGAGGGGCUGCUUCUGCUACGGUAACAGCCUCAGGGACGAAAAUCAAAUGAUUGACAACGUCUUGUACGCCCGCCUUGUGGCAGCGAACUCGGCGUUCUUUGACUUUGCCGCGUGCAACUUUUCCACCAGAAAUAUGUACCUGCGCGACAAGGUGAACGACACCACCAAGGAGGGCUCGGGGCGCCGCACCGUCAACAUCCUAUCGGCACCAAUGACGGACAAUCGGUGCGCAACGCCACCCGGUAGCCUCUGGGGCCCGAUGCGCGGAAACCUCGUUACACCGCAGCCGAGAAACCACUCAUCCAACGUAUUCCUUAAUCUCGACGCCUCGGACCGCCCAGUACUUCUAACCGAGCACGGUAGCUACAUUCUGGCUCUCGACGAGAAGUACUCGAUGGCGCACUUCGAGGAGAUGGGCAGGGGCCUGCUGACAGCGGCCCUGGACAUGUGGGGCGUGAACCCCUGGUCACGUCUCGCCAACAGUCCGUGUGCCGACAUGAUUCGGUUUCUUCCAGGCACUUAUCGCAACUUGAAGUCGAUCUUCCGCCUUGAUUCCUCCGGCACAGCUCAGCGAAAUAGGCUGUUUCCGCGGUGGAGGCAGAGAGAACAAGCGAAUAUAAAGAUUCUGCGCGGUUGGACACUUCGCUAUGUUAGAGCUAAGGCCUCACAGGAGGGCAUCGAGCUGAUCAAGCCCAAGAAUUCCUCCUCAACGUCCCGUUUGCCCAUCUCGGUGCUCGCCUCUUCCCACCGUCAGCGGCGACUUCCGAAGGAUCAGGUUGGCGGACUGACGUCCUCAAAUCGCGAAAACCACCACUCAUUUACGAGCCUUGAGGAGACCGAAGCUGCUAGAAAUACGUGCAGGUUUCCACGCCAAGUGAAUAAGAAACAGCCAUUAAAUCUGAAAAAGGUGGCCUCAACGUCUCAACAAAGUUUGCGUGUUUGUGACCCAUUUAAUUUUUCACAAGAUUACUUUUGGCAGACACUCAGUAGAAGCCCUUCACAUGAGUCAGCGGAUUCGAAGCCUGCUGGAGACCUACCGCGUAAACAAAGCUCUGGACCCGAAAAAGCGGCCCCCGAAGGUGACGUGAAACGCUUAAACAACUACUGCUCCCUUCAACGUCGUCUGCAGUACUCCGGCAGAGGGUUCACGAGCCGCGUGGGGUGCAAGAGGGAGAGCACCGCGCCCAUGCCGUCCGCCAUGCGCCACCACAACGCAGACUCGCUCACUUCGCAGAGGUUCACUGCCCUAGUCAAACGCACACGAGAGCUGCCUCACACAUUCCAGAGUCUUAGAAGUCGUUCUAAAAAUGUAAUCCCUCCAAAUAUGACCACGUUGAACAGCGCACGCGUGCUUUUCGACAGACAAACCAAGAUCCCAAGGAGAAAGUCGAAGAAGCACUUGGUACUGGAGAAGACCGCAAUACCAAUUGGCCAAAACAACCCGAAACUGAAGCCACCAAAUGGAAUGAAAAAGCGAUCGCCCAUCCCCUUUGCUCCUCGUCAAAUUAAACCACCCGCAACAACUCAGUUCUCGUCAUUUAUACCAACCACGCUAGCAUCACGAACGCCAAAACACACCAACUUCGAGGUGGCAAGCCGCACUUUCUCGUCAGCGUUUAUUAGUGACUUCUUCCACCAAGCAAGACUAAAACGAACCAGAAAAGUGAAGAGGGCUCAAAAGAAGUGCCAAAAAGGAGAGUCAAUGGCUAAAGACAAAAACGCUGAAGGCGGUAGUGAUGUCCAUGUGCUGCCAAGAUUUGAACCUCGGAGGUUCGACUCUUCAACUGGUAGAAGAACCAUGGCAAAGAAUGUAGAGUAA